AUGGACGAGGUCGUGGAGAACCAGCGCUGGUAUGCGCUCAGCGGCUGGUCCGACAAGCUCCUGGAGAAGGACCCGCCCGCGUGGUCCGACGCGGCGCGGCGACUGGCAAAGGCCAAGCCGCCGUUGCCGCAUGCCGAGUGGCACUUCUACCGCGGCGACGAGUACGACGAGAAUGGCUGGCUCUACAGUGCGUCCUUCGACCUGAGCGACUUUGGCGCCAAGAAUGCAGCCUCCGUCGUGCGCAGCCGCGUCUGGCUCAAGGCGUCAACAGAGCCCACACAGGCGCCGCCUCCAAUGACCGAUCUGCCUCUCUCACCUGUCGCAAGCGCUUCCAUGGAAGCCCCGCCCGUCACUUCCGCACCUAGCACCGAGGCGCCAUCGUUCACAGAAGACAAGCCCGCGCCGAUUCCUGCCCCCGCGGCUGUCCCUGUCAAGCAAGGCGGGUACCUCAGCCGAUUCUCGUCCGCCGCACUCAACGUUUCCAAGUCUGCGGUGGACUUUGCCGCAUCCAAGUCGGUAGGCGCUGUGCUCACGGCCGCCUUGUCCGUGCACGAGGUCUCGGCGUACGCCUACGAUGCCGCGCAUGCGGCUGCUGUCUCGGCCCUGGCCGCCGACACGGCCGUCGCGCCGCCACGACCCAAGGGCCCGUCGGCCGCACGCAGCCCAAACGCCUCCGCCCGGCGUUUCCCCGACUUGACGCCGAUGGAGAAGGCCAUGGUGUCGUGCUGUGCCGACUUGGCUGUGCAUCCGGUGGCCUCGGCGCCCGAGCCCGUGCUGCGGCCCGACUGCACCCAAUGCAAAUCGCCCUUUGGCAUUAGCAAGUACCGGUAUCACUGCGGGUACUGCGGCGAGGCGUACUGCCGCGACCACCUUCCGGCGACCGAGCGCCUGCACGCGUUGGGCGGCACAGCGCCCGUCAAGAUCUGCGCGACCUGCGUCGAUUUUCUGGCCCAAAAGAUUGACAUGCAGCAACGCAACUGGCGCGUCGAGCGUGUUCGGGACUAUCUCGACCGGACGCUGGCUCCGUACGUGAGCGUCUCGACCGACACGGCGCUGGACAAGGCGUUCCGGGCCGCCGAAGGCACGUUGGCGGCCGCCAAGGCUGCGCCACUGGGCGCGACCGCCAAAAUGGCGGUCGUCAGCGCAGACUUCUUGCGCAAGUAUGGCCGCGCGGGGCUCAUCGGCUUCGUGCUCCGGAACGAGUUUAUGCAGUCGUUCAACACGCUCAAGGCGCUUCUCGGGGACAUGGAGUCGCUCAGCGUGCAAGACGCGGCCGUCGGGCUCUACUACUUUAUGGCAACCAACCGCGGCCACCGCGGCGGCCACCCGCUGGACGAGCGCGAGAUGCACGCGGGGUGCCCCAUCGUACCGGAUGCGCUCUUGCACGAACUCAUCCGGUUCGCACCCAUCACGCUCCACGCGAUUUACGAGCUCGACAUCCUCGACAUCCAGCGCUUCGUCAAGCUCCAGGGCUUCACGCUCCUCUUUGCGUCCGUCGAACACCGCACCGCCAAUCAGCCGGCGUUCGGCCUCGUGGCGCGCGCGGACGAGAAGCUCGCCGUGCUUCUAGUGCGCGGCUCCAAGUCGGUGCAGGACAUUCUCACAGACCUCCAGGUGGCGCCCGGCGACGCAACAUCCAGCCACGGGCCGCUGGACGCCUUUGCGCACCACGGUAUGGCGCAAGCCGCCGCGUGGAUCAAGGCACAGACCAUUGACGCGCUGCGGGAGCUCCAUGCCCGCGGGUACCGGCUCAUGGUCAACGGCCACUCGCUCGGCGGCGGUGUCGCGGCGUUGCUGGCCGUCAUGCUCCACGCCGAGUUUCCGGACGUGCAGUGCUAUGCGUACGCCGUGCCGGCGUGUGCGAACAUCGAGACGGCGGCGGCCUGCGCACCGUACGUGCACUCGGUCGUCCUCCGCGACGACUUUGUGCCGCGCGCCAAGACGCACAACAUCGUGCGCCUCUCGACCGAGCUCAAGCAGUUUCGCGACGAGUGGAAGAACACGGCAUUGGAGGACUGGACCGCCGUCAAGUCCCGCGUCAAGUCGGUCUGGGCGCCGCGGAAGCGCGAGUGGGCGCAGAUGGAGGCCGCGCGCACCCGUGGGACGCUGCUGCCGCAUUCGGAGACGCCGCUUGUCGACGCGGCGGUGCCGUCGCGCGAAGCCGCCGUCGACGCGUGGACACUCACGCGGUCGAACCUCGUUGACAAGUACUCCGAGUCGAAUGGCAGCAGUCCCAAAGCACCUGUGACGCCUCGGACAACCGAUGACGAUGAUGACGACGGUCAUGAAAUGGAGACCGACAGUGCUGUCGAGCUCUUUGUACCAGGACAGGUCAUCCAUCUCUACUACACGCACGGCGUCUACGAGGCCGCGUUCGUCGACCGCAACUGCGACGCGCUCGGAAAGAUCCACGUGUUUGAGAACAUGCUCAGCGACCACCUCGGCCGCAACUACCUCGCCGCCCUCCGCAUCGUGCGCGACGCCCGCAAAGCGUCGAGUGCGCCGCCCCCUUGGGUGUGCUUCAACACGCACACGCGCUGCAUGUGCUGCGAAGCGCCGUUUACGUGGAACUCGACGUCGCAGAGCGAAGCGCAAGCGAACCGCGACCAGCACAACUGCCGGAGCUGCGGCUGGCUCGUCUGCGACGGCUGCUCGGAGAAGCGCAAGCCGUUGCCCGAGUACGGCAUCAACACGCCCGUGCGUGUCUGCGACAAGUGCUUUUAUAAAGCGUAG